AUGUCUGUCAAUCGUCAAGUUGUCAACAGCGCCCAGGCGCCUCCCCCACGCCCCUUCUACAACCAAGCAGUCAUUGCCAAUGGCUUCGUCUUUUGCUCUGGUCAGCUCCCAAAAGACUCCACGGGGAAGAUAGUCGAGGGCACCGUCCAGGAUCGCGCUCACCAAUGCAUUCGGAACUUGAAAGCCGUCCUCGAGUCUGCAGGAUCUGGUCUUGCAAAAAUGGUCGAAGUAAAUGUCUUCCUGGCCGAUAUGGAGGACUUUGAGAAGAUGAAUGAGGUUUAUCUGCAGUGGUUUGGCGAGAUUAAGCCUGUUAGAACUUGCGUUGCUGUCAAGUCCAUCCCGGAAUAUACUGAUGUCGAGAUGAAGUGCGUGGCGCUCUUGUAG